CUCCCUGCGCCCUCUGCCAUCAUGGAUUCAAGCAUCUCGUAAUUCUUCCCGUUGCGAAACCUGUUCAAUUCAGCUUUUGACGUAUAAACCAAGCCCCCCGACAUACAUAACCGAGACUGAUAACCCGUAACAAUGACUGCCAAUUCGCUACACUUCCUCUCCGGCAAGAAGAUUGUCGUUGCCGGCGCUGGAAUCGGCGGCCUUGCGUUCGUCAUCUCCCUCAAGAAAGUCUGGAACCCCGACUUGCCGUUCCCCGAGCUCCUUAUCUACGACCGCGAUCCCCGAGAGUUACCCGCCGAUCGCGCGGGCUACUCACUAUCUUUCAAUGGCGUGGACGAAAAUGGAGGCAUGGUAGCCUGCAGAGAUAUGGGAAUCCUGCAAAAGAUUCUAGACAGAGCCCUGGUUGGUCUCCCCAAAGAGGCUGGCUUUCACAUCUGGGAUAACGACUGGAGCGUCAUCAUCGGCAUGAAGUUGAAGCCGUUUGAGGAUCUGCCCAGCAUCUCGGUCCGUGUCCGCAGAAGCGACCUGAGAGAAGUCUUGGUGGAGGAGGCUGAGAAGAUUGCCACCAUCCACUGGGCUACCCGCGUUACUUCUGCUGAGCAUCUCGAGGACGGCAGCGUCCGUGUACACGUUACACCUGAAGACGGGUCACCUGCUAGCACCCAGGACUGCCAGCUUCUUGUUGCGGCCGAUGGUGCUCACAGCAAGGUCCGCGCCAGCUUCCGUCCCGAAGAUGAGCUCAAGUACAGAGACUGUGUGCAGUUUGGUGGUCUGAGCCGCUUCCCCGAGGGCGGCAUUCCAUCUCCUCUCAACAAGGACUGGGGCAUGAUUGUUACCGGCCAUGGCGCGGGCUGCUUCUUCUCCCCAGUUGACCAGGAAUCCGUCGUUUGGGCAAUCAGCCGAUGGGAGAAGGAUGGGCCCCGUGAUGGAUAUAAGAAGGAUGACGCUGAAGCAUUUGAAGCCUUGAAGAAGGAUGCCCUUCAGCUCGGUAAGAGCAUGGCCGAGCCCUUCACUAGCAUCGUCAACAGCACAGUCCAGGAGCAGUCCUUCGUCACCCCCACCAGAGACAAGGAGCCCUUUGCUCACGAUGCCGCUUUGAAGAAUGUCAUCUUUAUCGGCGAUGCCAACCACUGUGUAAGCUCGUUUGCUGGCAACGGUGCCAACCUUGCUCUCAAAGACGGCUGGGAUCUGGCCAAGCAGCUCACAGAAGCUGACUCUGCUGAAGAUGCCGUUGCCGCAUAUGAUGCUUUGGCAUUGCCUCGUGCCCAAAAGACGCUCAAGGAUAGCCAUGACCGCAUGAACCAGUCUCACUACUCUGGAUUCAAGUGGACGCUUCUCAAAGGCACUCUCAAGGCGAGCAACGCAGUAAUGUCCAUUGGCAAAUAAUUACCGUGGCUUUCUUUUUUAAUAUGUAUUUAUAUAUUUUUAUGAUAGCGCCGAACUCCUUUCCCAAUAAAACAAUGAAAUCAAGCUAA